AUGUCUGGAAGCAACGUUGUUUACGUCAAGGGCAUUGCCCCUGCGACUACUGAGAAAGAAGUCCGCGAUUUCUUCAGCUUCUGUGGAAAGAUUUCCAACUUGAGGCUUACAGCCGAGUCUGGUGAAGCUGAUGCCACCAAGUCUGCAACUGUAACCUUUGAGAAAGAAACAGCCGCCAAAACCGCUCUCCUUCUUGACAACACUCAACUUGGCCCCGCAGCUGUGCAUGUCGAGGCCGCUCACACCAUCGACGAAAUCGCCGGCAGCCAUGCGGCCAGCGCCCAUGAAGCCAAGGACGAGAACCAACACGACAUUGAACAAGAAGACAAGCCCCGCUCCCGCAUUGUAGCCGAAUACCUCGCCCACGGCUACACCAUCAGCGACCAAGCAAUCCAAAAGGCCAUCUCACUAGACCAGAAGCACGGCUUCUCCAACCGCUUCACCGCUGCCCUCUCUACCUUUGACAACAAGACCAAGGCCACUGAUCGCGCCAAGGGUCUGGAUGAAAGGUACAAAAUCACUGACCAGGCUCAGAGCCACUGGCGUGGUUUGACUUCGUACUUUGAGAAGGCGCUCGAUACACCCACAGGCCAGAAAGUGCGUGAAUUCUAUGUUAAGACCGACAAGCAAGUCCGUGACAUUCAUAAUGAGGCUCGCCGUCUGGCCGAUCUUAAGACUGGAAAAACGGCCACCGGUGAAGGGCAACCUGCUGCUUCUGAGGGUGUGACUGCCCCAACUUCAGGCGUUGCUCCUAGCGCUACUAAUACCAGCAUUCCCGUUACUGAGGGCAAGCCUGUGUAA